CUGAUCCAGUCAAAUACUACUUCUCACUCAACUUCCUCUUUAUCACUUUGUUAAUACCGCUAGGUAUCCGUGAACAAAGAGGGGAGGCUUUUCGUAUUUGAGACACUCAAUUCAGUCUUUUCCUGGAGAAUUAAGACAGGGACUCCAACCCCAGACACAAAUAAUAUCACACAAAAAAUUCCUACUGAGGACUCGAACCUCAAACCCAAUGAAACAAUUUUACCAGGGACUGAAACCCCAAACCCAAUGAAAUAAUUUUACCGGGGACUCAAGCCCCAAACCCAAUGAAACAAUUUUACCAGGGACUCAAGCCCCAAACCCAAUUAAACAAUUUUACAGGGGACUCAAGCCCCAAACCCAAUUAAACAAUUUUACCGGGGAUUCUGAGCGGACUUGGCAAAGAAAAUUCCUACUGAGGACUCGAACCUCAAAAACAAUUUAACAGGGACUCGAACCCCAAACCCAAUGAAUACCUUUUACCAUUUUCAAAGUCUACCAACAGUGUGGAUCUAAGAUCUGAACACCGAGAAUUCAGGGGACCUCACCUCCCCAGGCCUCUAACCUGGCUCACGUGGGACUCGAACCCUGUGACCCCAAACCGAGGUCAAGGUAUUACUAUCAUCUCUUUUCUUUCCACAAGUCUCUCUUUUAAUCCCAAAUUAAAUUUUUACUGGACUUAAUCACAAUUGUUACCACAUGCUCUCAAUUUAGUUAUUUUCCAAUACGCAGAGUUUGAUUAAACAGGUUCUGCUUACCUUUUAGUUGCAGCCGGCUGUGAGCCUUAGGUAAUCACUGUGAUCAGUCCGUCUGUUCAAUUCAGAAUCUCCUUCUCAUCCCGGACGAGCCCCCAAAUUGUCGAGGUAAGAUAACCUCUCUCCGAGUGGGUUGAUGAGAAGGGAUCCACACGAGACCUACAAUUGUCUUUAAGUAGUAUAUAUAUCCUCACAAUUAUUACAAACAAUACAAACAAUCUAACAGUACAGACAAAUACAGAUAUAUCUGGAGACACAUCACAGAGACCUCUCCAUGCGAUCUCCCCGCUAUGUCUGAAGCAGCAAUACAAAAGUAGUUGUUUAUAUGUCCUGAGCUCCUCCUGGUACACAAUGCUAUGUAAAUGCCUAAAUUCACACUUCCCAUUCCUCUUGAUCUUCACCGGCCGCUGCAUUCCAUUCUCAGGUGUGAUCAGAGCGGCUGGUCAGUGAGAAUAUGCGAGUCCCCCAUGCACUGAUCAAACAACCCAUAUCAACAGGGUGCCGGCUCCGGCCUGCCAACACAUGUGCAUACAUUUCUUCCCACUCUUUGUCAACCCAAAUCACCUCUGUAUGUCACCAUGGGAUUAUCAUAUCCACAGUACCUUCCCCCACUUUCUCUUAUCUAACUGUUAAUUAGUUGCAGUCUAUGGUGCAGAACAGCUGCUGACCUGAGAUGUUACAUAAGUUAGACUUGUACAGAGGCAAACAUCUUACAUACAGGGUGUACGUAGCACAAGCUAUCAAUCAUAAUAACACAGCCCAAGUUUUCAUAUUGACAUUAGCAAGCUGCUGCAUGCAACUGCCGUUACAGGUAUAAAUAAAGUUGUAUUGAAGUGAAUUUAAUUUCAUACUGUACAGGAAUGAAUGGCAACAAAACCUUUCAAAGAGAAAAACAAGUCGUGAACUUUUUGAAAGGCCCUUCCAGGAACAUGAGUUGCAAAUUAGCUCUGUGCUGUGCUAUGUACAAAACUUCUAAAUAUCUAUCCAUUAAAAUAAACAGAAAAGCAGCAAUUCUGGGGUUCAAGCCAACACAGACCGUUAGACAUUUGAAGGUUUUGAUCUGGACCUGGUCAAAUGUGGCCUAGAUGGGGAAAAAGCAGUGAAAUCUCCUGUUUUUGCAUUUUCACAAAUACAAUGAAGAAAACAAACAAUUUCUGAUUAAUAGUCUGAUUCGUGUUAUGCCACGCACAUUUUUUGCCCCUGUAGCGCCCCUUAGCGGCCAAUUUGAAGGAAACUUUCGGGGCAUGUUUCAGGUUCUUAUAUGGACAUAUCCUGUAAAUUUUGUGAUGAUUGGACAAACAAUGCCUUAUUUAUAGUCUGAUUUGUGUUAUGCCACGCCCAGUUUUUUCCAUUUGUAACACCCCCUAGCAGUCGAUUUGAAUUAAACUUUCAGGGUAUGUUUCAGGUACUUAUGUAGUUUUGGCGAUAAUUGGCCCUAUGGUUGUUGACCUUGGUCUAUUUAUGUGCAGAGCCACGCCCUUUUUCAAAUUCAUUGGUCAAUAUCAUGAAAACUGAAUAAGAUAUCUACAAGCUUCAUACAACUUUUGAUACGGUUUGUCCAAUGAUGAUCCACCGAAAACUUAGCAUUGAUGCUUCGAUGUCAAAAGUGUGUUUUUCAAACUAUUCAAAAUGGUGGAAAAUCUAGUUAGGCGGACUUUAGUGGUCCAAGAGGCUUUUUUGUAGAGCACAUUGAGUUGGACUUGUAAGAGCAAUUUCAAGUCAUUUGGACUUACGGUGUAAGGGUUACAUAGGGUUGAACCCCUAAUAAUAAAUGGUGACAAUGUGCAGACAGCAGCAAGAUGGCAACAAUCACUAAAUGAAUAGUGUCAUUAUGUGGGAGUGGUUUCUGUCUGUAAGUAAAGUGUAGGCUACUAUUAAUGCAAUUGCCCCUAUCCUAUUUUAUCAUGAAAUAUAUAGCUUUGGCUUUCAAUGCAUAGCCAGCCAUGGUGAACCCUUCUCUGCAUCUCUCAUAGCAUCCGUACUCAUUUUCUUUUUCCUGCUCCUAGUGUCUUUCUAAUACCCUACAAUGGUGGCGACAGAGAGCUGCAGAAAUUAGAUUCUCUCUCACUCUCUGUCCUCCAGUUAUCUAGGAGGAGAGAGACCUUAUCCGCCACACUGCCUCUCUGUGCUCACCCACAACUCUUCUGAGCAGGAACCAGCUAGUAAAUGUCAUUGAGACAGAUAUCCUGAAGACAGGACGGGAGGAUCUAUCAGAACAAAGCGGAAUAAUAUAUAAUUUUACUUGCCUACACACGCAGGGGGAAACGGGAUUAUAUUCAUCUUUUUUGCAGUUUUUGGACUGUGCUUCCGGCUUCGUUUUGUUGUGUUACGGGAGCUCUCAUUGUGGCUGGAGAGGAUCCCCUCCUUUUGUGUUGCUCUGCAGUUAUUUAUACACAGUCCAAUUUGCCUCCUGUUUCCCCAAAUAGGUUUCAUUUCAGUUUUCCUUGUUUCGGCCUAAACAGAAUGAAUGACUAAAACAAAGGAGGUUGAUGUCCAUAACUCUCCGACUCACCUCUUCUUCGCCUCGCCCAAGGAACGGAGACUCCAUCUCCGGCAGAAGAUGGAAAGCGGAGGCGGGACGGAGGGCUCGGACAGCGGGCAGAUGCAGAACGCGGUGCCCGGGCAGCAGCAGCGAAACCUCCGGCCUGAAACUGCAGAGCUCUCGGCGAUGCUGUCCGCUCAGCCUCCGGGCGAGAGGAAGAUAAACCGGGCUCCGUCCCCGGCCAGGCCGAAGAUCGAUGCACCUGGGUGGUCGCUUACGAAGAUCCGCGGAGGGAUUGGGACCCCGACCCUGAGCGUCAAGCCGGGAGCCAUCCACCUCGGUAGCCGCAUUUCCAGGCGCAGCUCCGUGGGAAGUCUUGCCGGAAAGGACGGUAAAGCGGAGAAGAGCGGUGGUGGCAAACCAGCGGGCAAAUCCUCCUUCUCAGCCGCCGCGUUGUCCAAGACCUCGGCGGCCAAGAGCACCGGAGGGCGGAGGAAGGUGUCGGACGCCAGCAUAGGAUCCGACGAUUUAUCCAAGGAUUCUGGCUGCGCCACUGGGAAGCUCUCCCCGACCGACAGCAGCUCCGAGCAAUCGGACUGCGCCUCUGGAGAAAACAAACUCUCCACGGACGCUGUGAGCAGUGACUCCGAAUCAAGGAGCAGCCGGGGCGGUGGGCCGGACAAGCCGCCCAAGGAUGGCGCGUUGGCGGACAGAGCUAGCCAACAGGCCUCUGCCACGAACAACAGCUCCUCCGAGGGGACAGACUACAAGGACAGGCUCUCUCUGGGCGUGGAGACCGUGGAGGGGAGCAUAUCCCCCAGCGAGGAGCGCUCGGUCACCUCGUUUUAUAGCAGGGUGCCUAUCAGCACAUCCCUGGCUUUCUCAGACCUCACAGAGGAGUUCAUGGACGGCAUGCAUGAGGAGUUUAUCCGGGAAAUAGAAGAGCUGAGAUCUGAGAACGAUUACCUCAAAUCGAGGCAGAUGGCUGCCCAUCCUGAGCCUAGGUUCUGCUCAACGUUUCUGCUGGAUGAGAUGGAGGAGUUGAGGUCUGAGAUGCUGGAAUUGAGGGACAUGUACAUGGAGGAAGACGUCUACCAGCUGCAGGAACUACGGCAGCAGUUGGAGCAGGCAAAUAAGACCUGCCGCAUUCUGCAAUACCGGCUGAGGAAGGCAGAGCGACGCUCUCUCCGCGUGGCUCAAACAGGGCAGGUGGAUGGAGAACUGAUACGAACACUGGAGCAAGAUGUCAAAGUGGCAAAGGACGUGUCCAUCCGUCUCCACUGUCAGCUGGACAGUGUUGAAAAGAAGAGGAGUUGUCUGGAGCUGGAGAAUGAGGAGCUGAGGGUCCGACUGCAGGACCUGGAGGUCGCCAAACAGGUCCUGCAGCAGGAGAUUGACAAGAACUCCCAGAAGAAAAGAGGAGCACGACCCAACAAACCUGAAAAGAAGCUUGGUCCACAGGAGGACAGUUCAGACCUGAAGUGUCAGCUCCACUUUGCCAAAGAGGAAUCAGCCCUGAUGUGCAAGAAGCUGACCAAGCUGGUGAAGGACAGCGAGGCCAUGAAGGAGGAGCUGGCCAAGUACAGGUCGCUUUACGGAGAUGUCAACGCGUCUCUCACCGUGGAGGAGGUAGCUGACUCCCCCCACACCCGCGAGGCAGAGAUCAGAGUCCACCUGAAGCUAGUGGAGGAGGAGGCCAAUCUGCUGAGUCGACGCAUCGUGGAGCUGGAAGUAGAGAACAGGGGGCUCAGAGCUGAGAUGGAUGACAUGAAGGGAUCACAAGAUGGUCCUCAAGAACUUACUGGUAUUGGUGGUGGUCUAGGGGCGGGUCUUGGUCUAGGAGGAGGAGCCAUGGUACUCGCAGGAGGGGCUUCAUCUGAAAACGUCAUGGAGCUACAGAGACACCUCCAGUUUGUGGAGGAGGAGGCAGAGCUAUUGAGAAGGUCUUUAAUCGAGAUGGAGGAACAGAACAAACUUCUAAUGAACGAGAUUAACCGCUAUAAAUCUGAACUCCCACCGCCAUCAUCUGCUGUGUCAUUGAAUUCAUUAACAUCGCUGACGGACAGGCUGCUGAACGACAGUCCGGUGCACUCUAUACAGGAAGGAGCGGUGCUUAUCAGCACAGACACCCUGGCCCAGGAGGAGGAGCUCAGAUUGGCGAGGCUUCAGAUUGGAGAACUGAGCGGGAAGAUGAAGAAGCUGCAGUAUGAGAACAGAGUGCUGCUGUCCAACCUGCAGUGCUGUGAUCUGGCCUCCUACCAUGCUCCUUCCUCCUCCUCCUCCUCCUCACUUCGACUGGCUCUGGAGACUGAUGCCGAGGCUGGAGACUCAGCUGAGUGCCUCCCUACCAGCCUGCCCCACCUCAAAGAGCAAGUAAGGGGCGAGAAUGACACCCUGGAGAUCAAUGAACGGAAAAAGACGAUCGAGGACAAUGCUGAUGCAAUAACCUCACUCCCUGGGUACUUGGGGCAGAAGGACCAUGAUGCCUUGCUGGCCAUGAGGGACCAGGCUCGCUUGGUUUCCACAGCAAUACAGCUCCUGACCUCCCCCGAGUCUAACCGCCUCUCCUCCUCCCCAUCCAUCUUUCACAAGUACUACAUCAACGAGGCAGCAGAGCUAUGUGACCUGGAGAAACCUCAGCCUCACAGCCAGAUUUCAGAGCUGUCUGACCUGGUGGACCAGCCCCUGGUUGGUGCUCUGACCAGCAGGCUCCAGGCCCUACACACCCAGCUACAGGCCUUUGUGGAGCAGGUAGACAGCCUGGGUAAAGCCCCAGCAGGUGGGAGCGACCCUCAAGUAGAAGGAGUGUCUCCUUUGGUCCCACCCUGCACCUCCCUCCCCUGCUCUGGAGAUGACCAGGAUGGACUGUACACUGCUGAGGAGAAUCAGAAAUACUUUAUUGAUCCCCAGUCUGAUUAUAGGGACCAAUCAGAGCCAGAUGUGAAAGAUCAAAUUGAAGAGAACAGCCAAUCAGACAGCAAUGAGACGCAAAAGCAGGAAAACAGCCAGCUGGAACAGGGAGAGAAGGAGACAGAUGAUGCACUGCUGCAGGAAGAUCACCAAAAGGCUCUGCUCCAUCGGGACUUCCAGCUGCAGAGUUUGGGCCUCCAGGCUCAGCUUCAGCAGAAGUUGUGGAGCCAGGAGAGAACUCUGCUGGUCCAGGAGUCUCAGCACCUCAAACAGGCCCUGUUACUGCUCAGCCUCAAGGUACGCUGCUUCCUCAAACAGUGGAGGCUGGGCUGCAAGAAGGACACAGAGUGGAAAGACAUUUUGGAGAUGAACAGCCGGAAGGACCUCUACCUGCUGUUGGAGGAGGAGAACCUGAGGAGCCCCGCCCACCAGACUGACAAGAGGGCUGCUGCAGACGAACAACCACACAGUCCAACUAUAAAGUCUAGUGCUGUGAGCAGCACCUUGGCAGACCUGAAGAUGGCACUGCAGGACCUGAGUGGAGAGUUGCGACAGGAGAGACAAGGAUCCCAGGAACUCACCCAGCAGUUCGCAAAGGCCAAGGCAUCAUGGGAGGUGGAGAGGACCGAACUAAAGAGUGUUAUCAUGCAGCUUGAGACCAAAGCAGGCAAAGCAGCAGCAGCUCUGUCCCCCACUGAUGCACUGGAACCUCCAGACCUGAAGAUGGCGCUGAAGAGGGAGCGUGAAGAACACCAGCACCUCUUGGCUGAGUCCUAUGCAGCUGUGAUGGACCUAACUAAACAGCUUCAGAUCGGCGAGAGGAACUGGGGCAGAGAGAAGCUGGAGCUGCUAGAGAGGUUCGGCCAGGAGAGAGCUCAGUGGGAGCAGAGACUGAGAGAUGCCACUACACAACAGGGGAAGUUGAAGUCAUUAGGUGGUGAGUCCUCUGCAGACACAGUCGUCGCUAAUGGAACAGGAUCACCAAGAACCAGAUCCACAUCAGAGAUGGAUGGCCCAGAGGUCAACGGAACAGCCAUUCAGGAGGAGAAGAUCCAGUUUACUGUCCUGCCUCUUUUGAUUCGCCCAGAGCUGGGUGACCUCACCAGGAAGAAUUGGACCUACCUGACCAGCGAGAUCCCAGAGGUUGGGGGCACCUGUAAAACCUGGGAUGGCCCCAGCGGAUCCUGCAACACCUUAGUGGGAUCAGAGAUGGAUCUGGACUCUGUCCAGAGGAGCUACACAGCUCCAGACCGCUCCGGCAUCCGGAUCUACUACAGCCCUCCUGCUAUACGACGCAUGGAGCACCAAAGAAGGAACCAGGAGGCCAAAGAGCCACAGCAGGCCCAAAACGGGAGUUCUUCCCUGGGACUGAGUGGCUCAGAUGUAGGCAUGGCUGCAGUGGAAACCAUGGAGGUUCAACAACAACCUCCAUCCUCCUUUUCAUCCUCAUACGAGCAGUGGCUGAGUUCACUGUCCAAGCAGCACAGGGAGCUGCUGGAGAGCAGAAGUAUCGCUGGCUCGAUCCCCAGUGUCAUCAACGACGGUGUUGGUUGCUCGGCUAACAGUGUGGUUGAUGGGAUAACGCCCUCGUCAGCUUUCCACAGCCUGGAGAUUUCAGCCAACUUAAGUGAUGACAUGAAGGAGAUGACCAACUGUGUCCGCCAGGCCAUACGCUCUUCCUCUCUGGAGCGGAAAUCCACCAAGGAACCUGGGAGUCAGGCUGUCGGCAUGUCCACCAGGUCCACACAGACUGCUGCCCAGUACAUCAGCAUCGGAAUUCAAACCGACAACCUUCCCAGCAGCAGGGGGACAGGGUUACACUCCAAAGCCUGGUCUCCUCGUCCCCCGUCAACAACCACCUCCUCGCUAGCGUCAACCAGAACCCGGCAGAUAUCAACAUCACUGGAUAAAGUUCACAGCCGCAUUGAGAGGCCAUGCUGUUCACCUAAGUAUGGAUCACCGAAACUACAACGCCGAGUGUCUUCUGGCUCCACUUCCAGACUGGAUGGGACUUCCUCCUCCAGGGACCGGAGCCUGUGGAGCCUCCAGCAGAGAUCCAUCGGUGGAGGAGGAGGCUCAGCCUGGGCUCGCUCCACCACCACUAGGGACAGCCCCGUCCUGAGUGGCCUCACCGAUGGCCUCUCUAGCCUCUUCAGCGUGGUGGAACACUCUGGAAGCACGGAGUCCCUCUGGAGGGGUGACGGAGGAGCCAGCCAGGGUGCCAGUCCAGCACGGCAGCCUCCUGCCGCAGGGAAACCCUCAAGUAUGGCAAUCUGUGCAUCUGACCCUGGCUCUCAGCGGUAUGGAGGCCUGGUCCAGGAGUUCUUCAAAAAUGUCUGCAGCAGCCGUGGCCAGGGAGGAAUCAACCUGCCGGGGGAGAGAGUGCAAAGAGACUCCCUGGGCAGCCUCGGAGGUCUGGGUGUCUUGGGUGGUUUUGGCGGUGUGGAUGAGCACAAGCCAGAAUGUGUGUCAACCGGGGUUGGAGGACUCGGACCGCAGGCUGGGUUGGGUGCAGGCAACGACAAUGUGACCAGGAUUGUCAAUAAGAGGUUUAUGAGACAGACAGCUGGGGAGGAGAUGGUCAGUAUCAUGGGAGGAGGGAAAGAAACGAUGAGCAACGCUGGGGCUGCAGGGACAGAGGAUGCACCAUGUGACUGUGCAGUCCAGUCUUCCUGCUUCGCCCGACCAUCAAGAGCAGCAACUCGUCAUUCACUCGGCCAGUGCAAGCAUCGCUCACAAGAGUCUCUGGCGGCAAAUGAGGACAAGGGGGACACCUGCAAUGAGUGAUGACACUUCUACUGCCACAUGCAAAGACACGCAAAACACACACAAAGCAAUACUUAUUCUUUACAAACACUAUACACCACUGCCAUGAAAACACACUUUCUCACAUCACCAAAUGUUCAUAUACACCUACAACCUGCCAAACAAGCGCACUGCCCCACAAACCGACUGCCACAUGCACACAUUCAUAAAAAACACACACACACAGAACCCAGGCAAUAUUACACUUGUGUUGGACUGUACCAUUCUGAUACUAAGGACAGGGAGGACUGAAACUGAUCCAACCAUCACAAAACUGCCAGCAGGACAUAAAACAAAACACACACAUAAUUGUACACACUUUUCUAAACAAGAACAACUCUAUGAAAUGAAGCGAGUCCAACAAGUAAAACUAUGAUGUCAGGACUGGACCUAAUAACCUCCCCCUGCAAAGCUCAGAUGAUUUUUCUCUGAACCUUGCCAUAUAUACACAUGUCUGAGAAAGAGUGCUGGAAAAUGCAAUUAUGCCCUUUUGAUUUAUUAGCACAAUAACAUUCCAGCGUCUCGAACAUGGUUCUGAAAAUGCCUCGUCUUGAUGACACAUCUGCUUAAGUUGCAGAUUAGUUUUCACUGUUUCUUCUAUUACAGUAGAUUGCAAAAGGAAGAACUCAAGGACUAAUGGACUAAAUAUCCAUGCAUUACUAGACUUGGACUCCAUUGAUGGAUGUUUGCACUUGUCAGCUCUAUAAAUGAGACCCUAAAACUGAUCUGAGUGGACCUCCUACCAUUGUUGUUUAGUAGGAAAUUUAAGCAACAAAAAAACUCUUCUAGGCUUAUUUAGAUGUAACUGUCCGCUGUGUUCCCAGAAGGCCACGUAUACGGGGACAUUUUGUGGCAUUGUAGCCAUGACUUAAAUGUUAGAAAACCUGCUUCAAAGGUGUUACCCUCCAGAGUCUGAUCGGAAAAUUAUAGUUUUGGUUUGAACAUGUACAGCAGGCAGAAAGUGCCUGUUGGUUUCAUAUUUUUGAGAUAUUUCUUCACUGAUGUCAAGAUUCAUCCUUAAACCUUUGAUGAUCAUUGAUGAUCUGAUGAAGACCUGGUAUACAGUCCUACAGCACACGUUUCAGUUGGUUACACUGAUUGGGGACCAUUUCUGAUUGAUUGGAAGGUUAACCUAGAAACCGUUCUGCAGAUUUUGCUUGCCAUUGGAUGGAGAUGCACCAAUAUCACUCUUAUAUCACUCUCUACAUACCAGUUUUUCAGUGUGCCUCAACCAGUAGUUUGGUCACGCUACAGAAGCCCAAACCAACGCAUGACAUUUAUUCCAUUUAGCUCCGUUCUGUAGAGAAAGUACAGAAAAUGAAGGUGGUUUUCACUGACUUUCCAUAAUUAAGAAAUGUUUUAAUAACAAUAAUGAUAUUGUCCUGAUACCCAUCAGCUUUAUCGGUUCACUCUAUUCUUCAUGGCAUCAGAUAUGAUGUGUGAAGUGUCCAAACUCAAAAUGCUCAUCUAUGAUCUAACAGAAACGCUCACUAACUCUAAUCCGUGUCCAAGGAGAAUUCAGUCAAUGCAUUCCUUUUAUUAGAGAGUCAAGUGCAUUAUUCCUAGGUCUUGUGAAGGGGAUAGUUUUAAAAUACUCACCUUUUACUUCCUCCUUUCUUUCCACUCUUCUCUCACACACAACUCUCCUCGUGUUGUAGUACUACGCUGACAGCGUAGCUACAGUAUGAACCCUAUACACAUUUUAUUAUGUGAUCUUGGAAAACAACAAGCUAACAGCUGUGACUGUCCAUCUGCCGUCAGAGUAGUUACUCUGAAAGAAAUUUAAUUUACUUAAUUUGACAUUUUCAAACUUUAGUCAACAAAGUUGUUAUACUAAAAUUAAAAAUGUAUGAUCCUUUUUACCAACGUGGCAAUCAGUUCCAAUGACAUAAAAUAUCUUUAAGUAGGAUGUCUGCACAAUGAAGUAUCUGGGAAAGAACUAAAAGACUGAAAAAUGUAUUACAUGGGGACUGACACAAAUGCUGUCAAGAGUCUUAUUGAUUCGUUGAAAAAAAAUACUGUAAACUGAAAACAAUCGGAAGGAUUUUUAUUCCAUUUCUUUCUCCUGUCCCUUUGUUUUCCAUGUCAGUCUCUUUCCAAUCAACUGAUAUUCAAAGUGCCUGUUAGAUUGCCUAUUAGUCAGCUCACUCCAAAACUGGACUCCAUAUAAAAACACACAAACAAACCCAGCAGGCCUUUUUUUAAUGGGUGAGAUUGUUUUUAUGCACAUAAUUGUGACCAGGCUGUACUAAAGCUACAAUAAAGUACUUUACCACUGUGGAGGACGGACAAAAUGGUGUUUCUUCCACUGUUUGUGUAUGAGCAGUAGUCGAGCGUUUCAUGACUCAGCAGUUUAAAAUAGGGCAUUACAGUAACAGUGCAUGUAUUUAAAUUACACAGUGAGGAAAACCCACAGUCUAAAUGCUGCUGUUUGUCUCCACUACAGCUCUCACUGCUGGUAGAAAAUCAACCAGCUGGAACCAGUCACAGCUACUAGCCCGAUUGCCAUAGGAAGAGGCUGUCUGAUUUUUGACCACAAUUAUACAACAGGUAGUUUUAGCCAAGCUAGCUUGAUUGGUUAAAGACCACAUAAAUCAUAUAACCUCAUUAAAAUGCUUCCAAGUGUCCCAAAACCCACAGCUAAUAAGGUUGGGUUCACACCCAUUGCUUUCUACCUUCCAUGAAAGUACUAUCUUUUAAAGAUUUGCAGUUACAUCACAAAAUUAGAAACCACUGGUGUAGUCACUGAAGAGAAUUAACCUAAUGCUAAUACAUAUUAUGUAUUUAACAACAACAAUAGAAAAAGAGAGAUGCUGAAAACAGAUUAAUCUGGGGCUGUUGUUACUGGUGUAGAUAAGGAGGAGCAAUUUCCAAGGAUAUCAAAUUACAGUAAGCUUAAGAGUCAGUAGAAGAACACGACACCUACAAAAUAAAAGCACAAACCUAAAACAUUAUACUUUUUACAAAAUAGACUCUUGAAAAUUAUUGGAGAGAUUUUGGCAUAAUUUACUUGAUCAUUGACUUUGAUCAUUCAAAAUUUCAGUACAAAUCAAAUCAUUUGAGCACUAAGAUAUUUUGUGAAAAUUCUUGAUGUUGCCCAACUCGAUGACAUGGUUGAAACAAAAAGUUUGCCAGAUUCUGUUCUACCUCUCACACUUUUUACACCUUUUUCAAAACAUAUGAGACACCUGUAUACCAGCACCUUAGUCCAUUUGUUAUUUAGUCUCACUGUCAAUGAGAAGGUCACUUUGUGCCUUUCCUCUACAAAGAUAUCUUGGUUUAAUUAAAACUUUUCUUUUUCUGCAAAUAUUUGGCUUCUACUAAGUACAAACUGUAUGACGAUGCCGAAUUCCAGAUUAAUUAUAUCUAGAGUUAUCUUGCGGUAGAUGUAGACUGAUUUGUGUUUACAUUAAUCUUCUAUGGUUGCUCUACUACAUACAUUCUGAUGGACAAUACAUGUUGCAAGCCAAUAAGGGAUCUCAGUGUCAAGACUCCAAGAUUAAAGUAAGCAGUUUUGCUUCACUUUUGUGUGACCAGAACUUCAAAUGGUUGAAAAUUCGGACCAAGGUAAUGUUUGGGUUAAAUGUUUUAGCCAAUCUCCAGGCUUAGGCUUUCUGCUGAUUCUGCCUGUAUUUUAGACGAUAUGAAGAUUCCAGCACAUGUUCACGUUGUGGAUAAAACUGCCACAGCAUUUUGAUGCUGGGUUCAUGUCAUAUUAGAGGACGCAAUAAAAUAUGGAAUAAUGUUUUAUGUUACUGAUUUGAACACUUAAUUUUGUAUUACUUUAAAAUGUAAUAAUUAUUUAAUAAUGAUUUUUCCUAUAACAAACAUCAGAUGUUAUAUAUAUUAUAUCUAGAAAUAUGUGUCACAGCUCCUACUGGUAUUUACUACAACUGUGACAAAUUUUCUUGCAUUUACUAUAAAAAUCUGAAAUGGCGCAGUCAGCAUAAGACUCAAAUAUCUCUCUGAUCCUGAUGUCAUUGGUCAGUUCUGUCUCUUCCUCUCCAGUCUUUCCACCUGCCUGUCAGGUGUUACAUUUGCACCUACCCCUCAGGUUGUAAAUACAGACAGUGUCUGCCAGUGACAGACAGUUUUACAGGUCACACAGCAUCACCAGCCAAUGACUGAGGAGUUCCUACGGGUUGCAUGGCACAAACAUUGAGUCUCAUUGUUUUCUGUGUGUCUGUAAGCCUGUUAUAAAAGCAACAUGAAUCUUUCCAGCCUUUAACGUGUUUCCAUACCAUUCAUAUGUUGUAGUACUCAAGAUCAAUCUCAAGACCACUUUUUGAAGGUCUCGGUCUCGUCUUGGAAUCGCAUUUUACUCUUAUCUCGGACUCAGAUAAAAUGAAUUUGGGAUUUUAUUUCAAGACCAGUCAAGACAACAACUGCGGGGAUAUCAAUAAAUUGCCUGUGCAUUAUCUGAUUUAUUUGUUAACAUCAUUACUGUGAUGGGAUGUAAAACUUCCUGCUUCAAACGCAACCAAUAACUUGACUAAUUUCUAAUUUGAAAUGUUUGCUACUGUUAAUGGCUGUCACCCCUACCCACCCCCUUCCAAGAAAGUGAAUGUGAGAGACAGGAGAAGAAGCUGUGGCUGUCUGGGAGGAGAUGUCAGCCAGAUGUUCUGUAAUAAAAUUUGGCUAGCUAAACCACAAAGAGUUCAUCUUCAAAACAGCAUCCAAAUGAAAACACACAGCAGUAUCUAGCUAAAUGCUGCAAUGCAACACUUACUGAGACAGCUGGGACCAUGUCAAACUUUAAUCGGCACUUAGAAAAGAAGCAUAAAGAAAGGUGAGCUAAAGCUUGGAUUCCACCAGGCACAGCUGUGUCAUAUUCCAGCUGUGAUACGGCCGCCGGAGCUUAUCGCGGCCCUUCUAGACAAUGCUUGUGAUCCCACCAGAUGUGCCACAGCACGUCCCAGAAGCAUUCCAGAAGUGGUUCUACUCUCUGCUCCACGGCAAGUCUGCACCUAGGUGUGCAAGCUACCUAAUUUAGUUAACAUGAGGGAUGUAAAGCUAGCUAAUGCAGUGUUAACUUUGUGAGAAAUUGAGGAGACAGGGCAUGUGGUGACAAAUUUUUGUUCCUAAGUUAUGUUUUUGUUUGGUCUUGGUCUUGACUCGGUCUCGCCCUGCCUUGAUCUUGGUCUUGUCUCGGUCUCAAUACACUCUGGUCUUGGUCAUGACGUUUUAGGUGGUCUUGACUACAACACUGCAUCCUGGCAAUAUGUACAUGAAUUCUAAGCUGUUCAUAACGUAUAUAACCUACUCUUGUCUUUUCUAAUAAUGCAGCAUGCUUGAUUUUUGAGUAAAAGUAAUGCAAUGAAAGACAAAAACACAAUGAGUACACAGUAAGGAAAUGUGUCCCCUUGUAUUGCAACUUGAAAAGAAAGGAAAGUUAAUACUCUGUUGUUUUGUUUCUUUGAGAAAAGCUGAAUGUCAACAGCUGAUCUGAACCAGGUUGCUGUGGAAGUAUGUAGCUCUCUCCCUUUAUAGACCACACUUGAGCAUUUCUUCUGUACAUAGGUGCAUUUUUAAGCUUGUGAAAAACAAAAAAGCAAACGGUAAAUGAGUAAAAUGAGAAAAUUAGAUCCAAGGGUUGCGGAUUUUGUUUUUUUACGACCAAUGUAGCUUGUAAAACAAGAUAUUAUAACUGCCUCCUGUUUUUCAUAGAAUUCACAAAUAAAUGUUUGUUGGAAUGUAA